AUGCGCACCAUCCGAUUCAUCGGCGCUCCCUUUUGCGAGGGGCAGAACCUCGACGGCGCCGACCUCGGCCCGACUGCGCUUCGCGAGGCGGGCCUGCAGCCGCUCGCAGAGAUGCUCGGCUGGUCGUGGGAGGACGCGGGCGACCUCGACUUCGCGGCCGCGCUCGAGGAAGAGGCGGAGCCGCCGCCGAAGGAGGAGGGACGCUUCGCACUCACUUGCGGCGGGGACCACUCCAUCGCGGCGGGCUCGAUCUGCGCGCUGGUGUACCCCGACCUCGGCGUCAUCUGGAUCGACGCGCACGCCGACGCGAACACGCCACGCACCUCCCCCUCGGCGCACUACCACGGCAUGCCGGCCGCACACCUGCUCGGCUGGUUCGACAACGGGAUCGACGGCUUCGAGUGGUUCGAGCCCGGCUGCCUUAGCGAGAACCGGCUCGCGUACAUCGGUCUGCGCGACAUCGACGCCGAGGAGGGGCGGAUGCUCCGCGCAUCGAACGUGCACGUCUUCACCAUGCGCGAGGUGGACAAGCACGGCAUCGCUAAGGUGAUGGAGAUGGCUCUGAGCGCGAUCGAUCCCAACGGCUUCCGCCCCCUCCACCUCUCGCUCGACAUCGACGCCGUCGACCCGCACUUCGCGCCCGGCACCGGCACCGCCGCGCGAGGCGGCCUCUCCUACCGCGAGAUCCACUAUAUCGCCGAGGAGAUGGCCGAGACGCGCCGGCUAGUGGGCAUGGACUUGGUCGAGAUCAACCCAGGGCUCGACGAGGCGCCGCAGCGCUCCUCGAUGCACGGGGACGACCCCAACCUGAAGCCCUGCUCGCCGACCGUCCAGCUCGGCGUCGAGGUCGCCCUCUCCGCCCUCGGCAAGCGGAUCAUGUGAGGGGCUGCCCACCAGAGGGCUGCCCACCAGAGGCUUGCCCACCGGAGUGCCUGCUCGACCGGGCCCUCCUCGACCCGGCCCUCACGGAAGGGGAACCUCCUCCUCGCGAAGCUUCUUUAAGCUUGGAGAAGCCGCACUCUCUCUCUCUCUGCUCCCACACGCCAGCCACCGCCCAACCGGCGGCAGACACUCCCCCGCAUAUAUUAGUCCGCAACGGCUGCCGCCACCAACGACUGCCCGCUCCUAGGGAGAGGCCCGCCCUGGUGCGCGUCACACUGCGUGCGACGCCUGUCCGUUUGCCCCGCCACCUAGAGGCGGUCCUACACUGACACUCUCUUCUCUUAUUGCGCAUACGAGAUUGGUCCCCCGUUCCGCUUUUGGACGAAUACGAUAACCGUAC